GGAGUAGAGUAGAUUUGGUGUUCGCUCACGCUUCAGCUAGGCUAACGACGACCAGGCUAAGCGUCCCAGUGCACCUCAGGAUUCGGGAAUCCCUCUCUCGUCUUCGGGCUUUCCAGUGGACUUCGGGAGUUGCUCUCUCAUCUGGGCUUUCAGUACAAGUUGUGCUUGCGUACUCUGGGCUCAGGCUGGCCUCCCAUCACCUGCACUGCUCCUCCGCUGCUAGUCCUCCAAAACACUUUUUAUCUCCCGGAAAAUCUGGAUUCGUGAGAGUGAGCGUUACUGCUCUACGUCUGACGUUACCACUCUUCCUCAGACACGACGCGCUGAUCUUGCAACUCGCGCUCGUCAUCACUGCCUGAGCCAGCACCGCCGGUGCCCGCGUCGACCACCGCGCACAGCUGUUUAGCCGAUCUCGCAGCGGUUUUUUUUUUUUUUUUUUUUUUUUUUUUUUUCAGUUGUGUUCAAUGGCUGGCGAUGGUGUGGCCGAGGGGGGCAUUGUGGAUGGGGGGGUUGCGACGGCGGCAAUACCGCCGGCGUCAACCACGCAAGGGGAGGAUCAGCGAUCGUUGAGAGUUCUGGCGAAACGGUUUGGUACCUUGCGAAGCGCGAUGGAUGCUGCGAAAUCUGACAAGUCUGACGUUACAUCUGAUGCCGCUGCUGCUGCUGCCGCUGCUGCUGCUGGCGCGGCUGGCGCGGACGCUGACUCUGAGGCUAAGGCUGAGACUGGCGGGGGAGGGAAGCCGAACUUCGCUGGUCAAGCGGAGAAAGUGAGCGUCGCGGAAUUCGCUCACGCGUGCGACGGCAUCUCACGCCUCUUCUCCCUGCUCGGUGUCGCAUUCGCGUUCGCAGGGAAGGAUUUCACAGAAAAGGUGAAGGACCUGACAGCAGCAGGGAAGGAGCUCAGCACCCUGGGAGCCAUGGUGGACGCUGACGUGAGCAAGGGCGCUGUGAAGGUGCAGAACAGCCACACGCGCAACCUGCUGCGCGUGCUGCGAGGGCUUGACAUGAUGCGACGCCUGUUCUGCUACAUCCUUGAAGACUGCACGAAGCCUCUGCGGGAGCAUGCGAGCCGGGCCUACAACGAGGUGUUCAGCGCGCACCACUCGUGGGCCAUCCGCAGCCUCGUGGCCGCUGGCAUGUACGCGCUGCCCUCCACCGACUCCUUCCUGCACCACCUGGGGGAAGACGAGGAGUCUUGGCGUGAGCCGUCAUCUGAGUUCGUAUCCAGCGUAACAGAUGUGGCAGCUGCAGUGGAGGAUCUCUUUGUUUCACGUGAUCUUGGUCUUCAUUGGUGACCUUGCUCCUCCCAUCUGCUCCAGCAGCCAUUGUGGUGUGGCUGUCUUCGUUUCAGCCCAGCCACUAUAGAUGGUCUCGCUUGUUUGUUUGUGAAUAAAAGUACUCCAUAAAAAUUUGCCUCCAUUGGUUCUAGUAGGGUAACACACGUCGUGUGAGCCAUUCAAAACAAGGUUUAAACAUAACGGUAGACAUGCAUUGAAAGCAAAUGCUUUUCCCUGUGUUUUUAGAACCAGCUUUUUUGGAGAUGUCGA